AGAAGACAUCACAUGACCUUCAGUCAGCUGAUCAAAUCUUACGUCUUGUAUCCAGAAGUCAUAGUGAUGAUAUUAUAAUAUUUUACUCGUGAUAUUAAAUAAACUGGUACUAUAUUAACACUCUCUAUUUGAUGAUUUCAUUAGCAAAGCGUCUCGGUUGUUUGAUACAGUGUUUAAAUAAAGAAGAAAGAUGUCAGGAAAAGAUCGGAUCGACAUAUUUCCCUCGAGAAUGGCUCAGACCAUUAUGAAAGCUCGACUGAAAGGAGCUCAAACUGGCCGGAGUUUGCUGAAGAAGAAAGCUGAUGCUCUGUCCAUGCGAUUUCGGCAGAUUCUUAGGAAAAUCAUUGAGACUAAGAUGCUGAUGGGAGAGCUGAUGAGAGAAGCUGCCUUUUCAUUAGCUGAGGCCAAAUUUGCUGCUGGUGACUUCAGUACUACAGUCAUUCAGAACGUGAACAAGGCCCAGGUGAAGGUCAGGGCAAAAAAGGACAACGUUGCAGGAGUUACUCUUCCGGUGUUCGAGCAUUAUCAGGAGGGAGGAGACAGUUAUGAGCUCACUGGUUUGGCUAGAGGAGGAGAGCAGCUGUCUCGGCUCAAGAGGAACUACGCCAAAGCAGUCGAGCUUCUCGUAGAGCUGGCCUCACUGCAGACCUCUUUUGUGACGCUGGAUGUGGCCAUUAAGGUCACAAACCGCCGUGUGAAUGCCAUAGAGCACGUGAUUAUUCCCAGGAUCGAGCGCACGCUGACGUACAUCAUUACUGAGCUGGAUGAACGAGAGCGAGAGGAGUUCUACAGGCUGAAGAAGAUCCAGGAGAAGAAGAAGCAGCUUCGUGAGAGGACGGAGAAGGAGAACGCCCUGCGUUUGGCAGCGCUGGGGCCGAUCGCCGAGCCCAUGAACAUCCUGAACGAAGAGGCCGACGAGGACCUGCUGUUUGAUUGAGACCCCAACAUCUGUGCAUCAUAUUUAUUCUUUGUGCCUGAAAGCCCGAACUUUACAUGAAAAGUGGAAGUUCUUGUUUUGUGUGUAUGUUGGUGCCAUGUCACUUCUUUUGUUUAUAGUACAUCAGACGGUGC